GUUAAGUUGAAGGAAUCGGAAAGAAAAAGAACUACUUUAUUAUGUGAACUGUGCAGUAUCGUUCAAAUGGAAAUAACCCGAUCCCUACUAUCUCUCUCUCUCUCUCUCUUUGUUUUUUCGGUUCGUUUUCCUUUCCUUCUUAAUUGCGUAAUCUCUUCAAAUUUUUAAACACAUUUUUAUCUUCUUACCCCUUUCGAUCAAAGCCCUCAACCUCCAUGCCUCGCUCUCGGAUUUCCUUUGCCUGAUUCUGAUUCAGAAGCUGUUUCAUUUGAGCUGGUAGUGUUUCUGUAGUUGAUGCACUUUGAGUGAGGAAAGGCAUUUGAGAGGAAGUGGAGGUUGCAUUGCGCAGCCUAACGGUUAGAUAGCAAUGGCGGCCCCGGAGGAAGAAGAGGUUUCAACCAAUCGAACAUCUUCAUCUCCAUCUUGUGUUACUUUCAGCAGCAACAGAAACAGUAUAACACUCGGCACCAAGCCUUCUUCAAUGUUGUCUUCCUCUCUCGCAGAUAUGGAGCAGAGGAUCAAUUUACUUGCUAUGAAACAUGCUGAAGAGGACGAUGUUGGGGGCUCUUUUGCUGAACGUGCAGAAUUUUACUACAAUAAACGCCCUCAACUGCUGGCACUUCUCCAAGAACUAUACACUGCUUACACCACCUUAUCCGAUCGCUACAUCCAAACCGUUGCCAAACAUCACAACAGACAUUCUUCUGUUACUUCAACCCUUGACUCUUUUGAUGGAGUUGAAGAUUCAGCGAUCAGUCAGAUUGAGUCUGAUGCGGAGAGCUCUCUGUCCUACCAGCAAGUACCUGUAACAUCAGCUAAAAACUGUAGUAUGGUAGACAACGAUGCUUUUAUCGCUGAGCUUGUCAUCAAGAAUGUGGAGUAUGACAUUCUUACAAAUGAGGUAAGCAGCCUGGAAAGGCAAUGCUGUGAUUCGUCAAGGAAGAUAGAGCUUCAGAAGAGUUUGCUUGAGGUUUUGGAGUCUGAGAGGCUCAUACUGCUAAAUGAAAAUGCAAGAUUGGGGUAUAGGGUGACUUCCUUGAUGGAGGAAAACAAGGGGCUGGUAGCAGAGUCUGUUUUCAUGAAACAGAAGGCAGGCGAGAUGGCACGAUGUAUGCUGAAGCUACGGGAUGAUCAUAGGGUUUACCUGCUUAACCAGAAAAUUGAAGAUCUUCAAGGCCAGAUCUACGGGCUGGAGAAAAGGAAUAAAGAGUACUAUGAUCAGCUUGUGAAGACAGAUAAAGCAAUAGUAGAGAGUAGAUGCAGCAACAAGCACAAAGACCACAAUGGGAAUGAGGUAACAUUGGAGGCAUGCUUUCAAAUUGGAAAACUAAAAUCCAAGAGGGUUUCUGGUAUCAACAAAAGUGUAAGUCACAAAACAAGUAACGGCGGAAGGAAGGCUUACAGGUGGUGGGCAAAGGUGAAGAGCAUGGACAUGUUUUUGUGUGGUCACGGCACCAAUCCUACUUAACAAAUUCCUUUUUCAGUUUUACUUAACUAGAGAUAUUUAGUGUAGUGGAGUAGUGUAUCAAGAUUUUUGCCAAUACCCUAUAAAUAACUUUGGUGAAAGUA